AUGGAGGUCAUUAACGGUAACGCAACCGAUCGCCAAAUUUCCAAUAGGGAUUCCGUUUCAAGAAAUGCCACAACUGAAAUUCCAUCACCACGAUUACGACCGAGGAGCAAUUCGGCUCCACAAGAACGAUUAAUUCCCACGUCACAGUCAAUUGCGAACGAUACGAUCUCAACUUCACAAAAUACCAACUCGAUCGUAAUUCCUUCUCGACAAAAUGAUCCACCGCAAAGGAGACACAAGAGUAAUUGUGAUUGUGGUCUUGAACCAGUCCUCCGGGAGGUGAAAAUAAACACCCCAAAUAAAGGAAGAUUCUUUUGGUCAUGUAGCAAAUUUGGUGGACCGGAUCAUAUGAGAAGAUGUAAUUUCUUUAGAUGGGAUACUCCAAAUGAGAAUGAAAAUGAUGUUGACGAACCAUCGUCUUCAGCUCCAAUUAGGAAUGAGAUACCUUACGUCUUAAUCAGAGCGGGAACGCCGUUGAUUACCUACACCGACAACAACAUUAAUGAUGAUGAUGAUAGUGAAAUUAACCUUUCUCCGCGCCCCGAUCAACUCUCGGAGAAUGAGGUCGUACCUAGGUUGAUCACGCGGACUAGGGCAACGUCCGCCGCAACUCCUCUGUUAACUCCACAUCGGAGACAUAGGAAUAGAAGGGCUUCUUCACCACAAGCUCCUGGAUCGCCUCCGACGAGAUCACAAUCUCCUUCCAUCGCUGCAAACAAUGCUUUGACCGGUGACGUGUAUACGCGUAAACCGGCCGUAUUUAGUAAUUGGGAUGAUGUACCCAAAUAUUCUACUCCUCAAUUAUUGGAUAUAAUGCAAAAUCAUCUCGUACAACAAGACAAGAAUUAUCAACAAUGGUACACUGCUUACAGGCAGGCUAAACAAGAUCUUGAAGAAGCAAAGAAGAAAAUAGAGAAAUUAAGGGAUGAGUUUGAGGUGGAAAAUAGGGAAAACAAAUUGUGCAAACGUGAAAAUGAUAUAUUGAGAGCCGAAAAGCGGUUGUUGGAGUAUGAAAAUAACGAGCUAAAGGAAGAAAAUCAAGAAUUGAAGAGAAGGAGAUAUUAA